UUCUCCCAAAGUGGUGCUGAAGUCAGAGUGUGUUACUGUGCAGCUGUGAGGAAGAUGCCCGAAAAUUAAGACCUAUUUUUAAGGUCGCAUUCCCCAUUUUUUUAUUUCGGCGCUUGCGUGUCACAAAGUAAAGCAAAGUCAGCCUUUACUGAUAGCAUUGCUCGAGCGAUGCUCGCAGACCUGUGGUGACGGUACCCCCACGCCUCUGCAGGCUGGCUGUGCGGCGGGGGGCUGGCUGGCCACGCGGGCCUGUGCCGAAGCAUGCCGGGAGUCGUGUUUUUUAGCAGGCAUUCUGGGACUGGGAGUUUUUCCGCUCUACUUCCCGUCGGCCACGGCCUCGUGUUUUGAGGCAGGAUCCGUCCGGCGCCGACGUGUGCGGACGGUGGUGGGAAAAAAAGAAACAAAAUGAAACCUUUCCAAAGUGUCUGUCUUUUCAAGAGCCUGCUUGCCAAUUGCUACUGUCACGGUCAACUUCACAGCUGUCUUCUCCCUCCUGUUGCAAAGAAGAUAGGUUAUGUGGUGGGACUACACAACUGGGAAUUUUGGAGGCCAAAAUCUUUAUUUGGCACAGCAAGGUUCACUCUGUCUUUUAAAAAUUGGCAUAGGAAAAAACAUCAGGAUUCUCGAGCAUUGUGGAAGCAUGAGGCUGUGCAGAAGUAUCUGGAGACUCUAAGCAAGGAGUACCAGCAAGUUAGUCAUCUGUUAAAUGCUGACUCAAUAAAUGACUUUGAGCAAAGAACCCUGAGGAGAAGAUGUGCCGAUCUGUCCCCCAUUGCAGCUGCAUUUCAAGAAAUCAAAGAGGCUGAAAGAGAAGUUCAGGAGUUAGAAGCUAUGUGCAGAGAGCUAGACAGCAGAGAUGAGAAACAACUUCUAGAACUUGCCUUAGAAGAGAAGGAAACCCUGGAUAAACAAAUCAACAUGUUGUGCAGAAAGCUUUUCCAGCUUCUAGUGCCAAAGGAAAAAUAUGAUAGAAGUCAUGUCGUAUUAGAAGUGACAGCUGGCAGAACAACUGGAGGAGACAUCUGCCAACAGUUCACUAAAGAAAUGUUUGAGAUGUACCAGAACUAUGCAGACUAUAAACAUUGGACCUUUGACAUCGUGAACUAUACGCCGGCUGAGAUAGGUGGGUUGCAUCAUGCUGCUGCUCAUAUUUCAGGAGAUGAUGUCUACAGGCAUCUGAAAUAUGAAGGAGGGACUCAUCGAGUCCAGCGAAUCCCUGAGACGGGCCUAUCAUCAAGAAUGCAGCGUAUUCACACUGGGACAAUGUCAGUUAUUGUCCUCCCUCAGCCAGAGGAGGUUGAUGUUAAAGUGGAUCCCAAAGAUUUGCGUAUAGAUACAUUCAGGGCCAAAGGAGCAGGCGGGCAACAUGUUAACAAAACUGAUAGUGCUGUGAGAAUUGUCCACCUUCCCACAGGACUGGCGGUUGAGUGCCAGCAGGAGCGAUCACAGCAGAUGAACAAGGAAAUAGCCCUGCGGACACUGAGAGCUAAGCUGUACCAGCAGAUCAUUGAAAAACAGCUAAGUCAAGAGCAGAGUGCCAGAAAACUGCAGUUGGGAACAAGAGCCCAGUCAGAGAGAAUUCGUACUUACAACUUCACCCAGGACAGAGUCACUGACCACAGGAUCUCAUAUGAUGCACGCAAUAUCAGGGAAAUUCUAAGUGGGAAAGAAGCACUGGAUAAGCUGAUCAACAGACUGCUGGAGUUUGCAGAGAUAGAGGCUGUCACCGAAUAUCUAGAAAAUUUGCAGGCUUUAGAAGGAGGAGGCUGCUGAAGACCUUGUGUAGAGUUAAAGCAAAAAUGUUAUGUUCGGUCACAAAACAAAACAGAUGCAUUUGCUAGAUGAUAGACUGAUUAAAAUCUAUGCCUCUGUU